ACUUGUUGCUUCCAAUCGGCGUCCCCUCUCUCUGUCGACCCUGCAUCGUAAUGGAGGCGGCUGUUGUAACUCAAACGAAUGUUGGUGCUGCUGCUAAUCAGGACAAGGAUCAAUCUCAUUCCGAUGUCAAACUCUUCAACAGAUGGGUCUUUGACGACAUUCAGAUCAGUGACAUGUCUGUAACAGAUUACCUUGCUGUGAAUCCUGUAAAGCACGCAACUUAUGUGCCUCACACAGCUGGAAGGUACUCAGUCAAGCGGUUUAGGAAAGCCCAGUGCCCAAUUGUGGAGAGGCUGACCAACUCUUUGAUGAUGCAUGGGCGAAACAAUGGUAAGAAGCUUAUGGCGGUCCGCAUUGUUAAGCAUGCAAUGGAAAUUAUCCAUCUGCUGACUGAUCUAAAUCCCAUUCAAAUCAUUGUUGAUGCUGUUAUCAACAGUGGACCAAGGGAAGAUGCAACCAGAAUUGGUUCUGCUGGUGUUGUGAGGCGUCAAGCUGUUGAUAUAUCUCCACUGCGCCGUGUUAAUCAGGCAAUUUAUCUUCUGACAACUGGUGCUCGUGAAAGUGCUUUCAGGAACAUAAAGACAAUAGCUGAAUGCCUAGCUGAUGAAUUAAUCAAUGCUGCCAAAGGGUCUUCCAACAGUUAUGCUAUCAAGAAGAAGGAUGAAAUUGAAAGGGUUACAAAAGCCAAUUCAAGAGCCAAACAGACCUUUUACACAACUGAAUACCCAGCUCACUCUUCACUUUAUCUAUUUCUUUUACUUUUUUUAUUUUUUAUUUAUUCUCUUUAUCUGUCUAACCCAUGUGCGUCUCCCUCUAUUCCCACUCGGUUGCUGAACAAUUUCCAUUCACCUCACGUGGUGAACAAUUUUCCAAAACAGCCCUCCACAACCUCUCCACGGGUUCAGAAAACCCCACUCUUCUUCUCAAUAAAUUAUUCUUCUUUGCCACAAAUCCCACCUUUAGUAAACCCAACACACCAUUCACACACACACCGUUUAGAGAGAGAGAGCCCACUUAACUUUCUUUUUCUUUUUUUUUAUUAUUUUACUCUAUCUUUUGAAAACCCACUUAAUUCAAUUAGAUACCAAAAUGAGGUUGAAGUUGAACUUCCUGUGUUCAAGGCAAUUCAGCAGUUCCGAACUGGUUAG